UGAAGUCCGGAAAUAAUAAAUAUAAAUAUAUUUAUUGUGAAAUAAAUUAGUUACAGCCACACAAUGAAUCUAAGUUUCAAUAAUAGUUUGGACAAAAUGCAGGAAUUUCGACAGAAUUUUCAACAUAAACUUCAAAUGUGGAAAAAUAAAGAGAAGAUAAACAACUUAGUGUCAAGAACGUUGAAAAAACUCCACAGCAUAUCUACAAUUAGUACCGUGUCAAGUGAAACCGAAAUCUCCAUCCACCAUACUAAUUAUAAACCCGACGAUUCGUUUUAUUCGGAACCCCACAAAACAAUUUUAGAAGAUUCGAUCGAAGAAGAACAGUGUGAAAGCGAUGUGAAAGCUUCAGAAAAUUUAACAUACUCAUUUGAAAAUAGUAUUUAUAUGUGCACAACAUCUAGAAGUGGAAAGUUUGAGGUGUGUGAUAAUCCAGACCCGCAGAAUAAUAUUUAUGAGGAAGUAACUGAUUUAAAAGAUGAUUGGUUUAUACCCAAUUAUAGACAUUCAGUUGACACAAUAUUCAGUGGUCAUGUAACAACACUAUCAGAGGCAAUAUCAAUUCAACACACAGUUAUCUACCAAAUUUCCAAAGCUUUGGAGUACUGUAGGAAAAAAUGUUUUGGUAGCAGGGAACACGUGGAGGCCGAACGAAUUUUACUUCUAGCUAAUUCUAGGAAAACACUUCUGAACAAAAGUAUUAUCAGAAGACCCAGUAGAGAUCAUUUAAACGAAGAAAACACUAUCAGCAUAGAAAUAACACGCCUCAGUUUCACAAUAAAUCCCUACAAAUCUGGAGAUACACGUAAUUUUGUGCUAUAUUUCUUAUGUCUGGUGAUUUGUAAUAAUGAAGUUCUUUCCACUAAUUUUGUUACUUCGGAGAAUAAUGCAGUAGUUUUCGAAACUCAGUUGGGUUUUAAGAACGUCCCUAUUGAGAACAGUAUCGACAUACAGAUUUUCGCCAUGCAAGUGAACAGCAAUAAAAUAAUACCAAAACUUCAAAGGGCUUACAAACGAAUAGUAAUGAGAUUUAGGAAAAAUGAUAGUGAUAAUGAAGUUAACAAGGCUACGUUUAUUUUAAGGGGCAAUUCAAUCAUUCCCAUAUCUAAUUUGUUAAAAUUGAAAAAGUUUCGUUUGAAGAAUAAAGAUGAAUCAACAUUUCAUCCGACUUUUACCUUGGCUGUGGAUACCCAUCGUAAUCAAACUGAACUUUGACUGUGCUAAUUGUAUCAUUUUUAUUAUAUUUAUUUAUUACAAUGUAAAAUAUGUCUACUUAAAUUUAAGUGCAUUUGAUUAUAUUUCAUCAUAAAAUGCGUUAAUUAAUAAACUAUUUAGGAAAAUUUA